GUCGUUGUCUCCCCCUCCUCCUAUGAUCCAUCCCAUCGGUAGUUGAAUAAUAUUGAAACUGCGGUCUUUACCACAUCGUCGGGACCUGUCAGAAACACACAUCCACACUGACUUGUUGGAUGAUAAUGCCUCUCCUGUCAACCGAGUAAAACUAGCCGACUGGGCCCAUAUUUGCGGUUACUUGCUUUCCUUGCUCUCAUAUUCCCCCUCCAGAACAUGCCCGCGUGUAGUACGAGCUACGGAUACGGGCUUUUGAUACUCACCUGAGCCAUGUCGACAUCUCUUCCCCAACGGCAGCCCGAAGGCAAAAAGAGACAGCGGGUCUCCAUCGCCUGCCUCGCGUGCCGGCAGAGACGCAUGCGAUGCGAUGGACAACAGCCCAUCUGCGGCUCUUGUACGAGGAGGGGCACCGAGUGUGAGUUCCAGCAUGCGGACAAUAAACGCCGACCGCCCAGCAAGAAAUACGUAGAAUCCCUGCAAGCCCGAAUCAGACAUCUAGAAGCCCAAGUCGUCGCCCUAGGCUCCCAGCCGGCGACCGGCUCCGGCGACCUCGCCGCCACCGAGACCACCGAGGACAAUGACGGGCAAGACGACAGCACCGGCGAAGACGACGACGGCAACGGGGGUCCCCUCUCGGACCUCACCGGCCUCGUCGGCCGCCUUAACGUGACUGAGGACGGCCAGCUGCACUACUUCGGCUCCCAGUCCUCCUACAACCUCGUCCGCGAACCACCGCGCGACUCCCCCGCCGAUCCGCGCGAGCCCUCGCUCAAGAUGCAGCGUCAGGGUCUCCUCGCCGCCGCCCAGCUGGGGAAAAUGGUCACCGUCCCCGACGAGCUUCAGGCUCACCUACUCGAGCUCUACUGGCGCUGGCAGAACCCCUGGAAUUACGUUAUCCACAAGAGUGCCUUCCUGCGGAGCUACCGUGGCGAGGAUGACGGGACGUAUUGCUCACCGUUGUUGUUGUGCUCCAUAUUUGCUAUCGCGGCGCGGUACUCUGACCGUCCUGAGCUGCGGACCGUACCGGGUGAUCCUAGUACCGCUGGGGAUGCCUUUGGCGAGCAUGCCAAGAUUCUGCUGUUGUAUGAGAGUGAGGCGCCGACGAUUACAACGGUGCAGGCUGCGUGUCUGCUUGCGUUGAGGAUCAUGUCGGAUGGUAAGGAGGCUUUGGGGUGGCUGUACUCUGGAAACGCAACAAGAAUGGCACAUAAUCUUGGGCUUCAUCUCGACUGUUCAAAGUGGGCCACCGCCGGUCUGCUCUCCGAAGAGGAGGCCGAGGCACGAAAGGUAACGUGGUGGGGAUGUUAUGUUGUUGAUAAGCUCUUUUCAACUGGGCUGGGCCGGCCAAGCAGCACGCCAAAGUCUACCAUCUCUUGUCCAAAACCUAGCAUAGACAGCAACGAAGAGUACACCCCAUGGCUGCCGACUUCAGAGACGCUGAGUUCCGAUAAGUCUCUCGGGGUCCAUUCACAUAUCUCAUCAACAGCCUGCCACGUAUCUGAGACAUUUACCAUUGCUUGCGAGUCAAUGGAUGUAAUAUACGCCGCGAAUAGCAAACUCUCAACACGAGAAAUUGAGGACGUUGUUAGCAAAACUGAUGUGCAGUUGCGGACGCACUACAGAGAGCUGCCGAGCUAUCUUCGCUUGCCCGCCUCACCCAAGGUCCCAAUGCUUCCUCACGUUUGUCUUUUCCACAUUCAAUAUCACGCACACUUAAUUCUCCUGCAUAGACCACUCGUCCAUAAGCGAAAGAGACGGUCUGUCAGCGUCAACACGCCCACCGAUGACGGCAGCAUUGACGGAGACGGAUACGAUAAUCAGCACAUGGCAACAUGCCGUCACUCGGCGGCUGAAAUUGCGCGGUUGCUGCGCAUCUACAAACAGCAGUAUACGCUGCGGCGCAUCCCCAUCGCUGCAGUCCAUCUGUGCUUCUCGGCUGUGGUCAUCCACCUGAUCGACGCCCGGCCGUCAAAUCCCAACCGGCAGCAGGCGAUCCGGCACUUACAGACGUGUGUUGAUGCGCUGCGAGACUUGCGAACAGCAUGGUGCGCCUGGAGCGACAGGGCCUUGCGAGCAGCACGGCUCUUGGCAAGAGAGUGGUACCAGUGUGAAGAUGUCUCACUGUUGCAGCACUGGGGUGGACUCGGCGGGGUCGAGGGCAGCAUAUCCGGACCAACAGCAAACGCAGCAACAGCCGCAACGGGAGUUGUUGUCGGCAUCACAAACACAAACGACCAACAGCAACAAAACCUGCACCAACCGUAUCAACAAGGUGGAACUGCAGACGCGGACAGAUUGAUGGGACAAGUGCAGACGACGGAUGGCGAUGGCCAGGGCGACCCUCUGGCGUUUCUUUUUGAUGUUGCCACGCCCGACCAGUACACGGAUAGUCUAGUGAAGGAAUGGCUGGCGGAGAGUGGUUACGAUGUGUUGAAUACGGUCGUCGAGUGAAGAUGAUGAGUAAUCUUGCCCGGCGUUUUUGGUCUAUCUGAAUGUCUCGGGAGAUCUCGUCCUUUGUGUGGAGAGGCUCGAGGGUAAUUCUUUCUCUAGCUUGUCAAUGUGUGUCUGUGUGUCAGCGUUUGCCUGGCAGUAACAAUACGGAUACUUAGCAGAGACCUACCUAGCACGCCUGGUCACUUUCCGUAGACUUGCGUCAAGGGGUCAAGACGGCAAUUACAAGUUGCAGCAACGCCGACUUAAGCUGAAUGACUCGUGUCAGAUGGACCAGAAAGCCGUCUGACGCAGGAGAGGGGUCUCAGGUUCAGCGCCGGCGGUAGAUGCCGGUGAAUAAAAGACAGAUCAAGGUGUACUACAUAGUAAUGCAAAACGGCCCCAGAAUUGUGCAACAUUAUGCUCGAGAUCGCUGAG